UUGUGCAUCUUAUCAUUGAAAUAGUGUAGAAUUCUAUUUUCAUCGAUGUGUUCUGUAUCUGCUAAGGCAAGUCGUGAUUGGCUAAGUGAAAGACCUUUGCCCGAGCGAUCUGGAAUGCCAUUGGUCAGGAGGAAACACUCGCAUGAACGUACACUUCACCAUUUUUAAGGCCGGGCGCUGACGUUGAUGCACAAUAGACUGAUGUUUACUCCAUUCGGGAAACGUUUAAUUUUAGCAUGAGACCUCCGUGUCAAUAAACUGCCUGGACGUUGUGUGUGGGUUCCCUAUGGCUGUGUAUGAUGAGAACCUGUUGAGGAACCCUUUCUACCAGGCGCUGGAGAAGCAGAGGCCGGACCUGUGCAGCCGCGUGGCUGAGGUGCACGGCAUUAUCCUGGUGCCUUGUCAGGGGAGUCUGCCAGCGAGCGCCUACACAGCGGCCCAGUUUGAGAAGUAUGUUCUCCUGCCCUCAGAGCAAGGCUACCAGACCGCAGAUGGCAAGGAUGUGUCGAUACAGGACAACCAGGUGCGGCUGGGAGCUGGCUUCCCGUGCCCUGGCUCGGUGCCCAUUUUGUUUGAGGAGACCUUCUACAAUGAGAAGGAGCAGGCCUACAGCCUCCUCUGCGUAGCCCGGCCCCUGGAGGCACAGCACAACUCAGUGGAGACGGCUGUUGUGUCGACGCAGUACUGUUUUAAGAAUGUGGACGAUGUUAAGUUGUUCCUGGGCCGCCACACCGAGCGGCUGGACAAGAUCAUUGUCAACUUCAACAACGGCUUCAAGGAGCAGGAGAGGAAGGGACUCCGCUACCAGAUAGAUUCGGUCAACGCCCUUUACACAAAAUGCCUUCAGAAUUUGUUGAGGGAUACUCGUCUGAAAGUGCUGGCCAAGCAGGUGCUGCAGAUGACGCUCCUGAAGCAGUCAGUGGAGAUGUAUGUUCAUCAUGGUAUCCAUGAGUUUAUCUUUAAUUACGUGGGAAGUCUGGAAGCAAGUCAGGAUGCGGCUUUCAAUAAGACCACGCGUGGCCUGCAGGACGUGCAGCAGAAGGACCUUGGGAUUAAGUCAGAGUUUAGUAUCAAUAUCCUGCGUGCCAAGAGGGAGUUGAGCCAGCUCAAUCGCUGCACGUCCCCCCUGCACAAGCUGCUGUGCCUCAGGAAGGUGGCACUCACCAUCAUGCAGUCCCCCAGCCCAAAAGUGAGUUUAGAUGCCAUCUGUGCUGACGAUCUGCUCUCGGUCAUCCUGUAUCUGCUGGUCAAGACGGAAAUCCCAAACUGGAUGGCCAAUCUGAGCUACAUCAAGAAUUUCCACUUCUCCAACUCCACCAAGGACGACCUGAGCUACUGCCUCACCUCCUUCGAGGCCGCCGUGCAGUACAUCAGCCAGGGGAACCUCACUGAGGGACUCACGGGCCCAGGGGAUCUGAACAGCAAGCUGUUCUUCAGCCAGAAGAUGAACCUCCUCUCCCAGAGUGCUGCUACUCCCAUAGACCACCUGUUCGAGCACAUCGCCAACGGUAACGAGGGUGAGGUGCGGCGCCUGCUGAGUGAGAGUGAGAAGGAGGAGGACGGGGACAAGCUCUGCCACCCACUCUGCUCCUGCGACCGCUGCGAGUUCAGACUGUCAGGACGACUGAACGACCCCUCCAUCAUCACCUCUCUGUCCCGAGACGACCGAGGCUACACUCCUCUACACGUGGCUGCUUUCUGUGGUCAGUCGUCGCUGAUUGACCUGUUGGUGUCUAAAGGGGCGGUGGUCAACGCUACAGACUACCACGCCCUCACCCCCCUGCACCUGUCAUGCCAGAAGGGCUACCAGGGAGUCACGCUGCUGCUUCUGCACUACAAGGCCAACACGGACGCUCAGGACAACAACGGCAACACCCCGCUGCACCUGGCCUGCAUGCACGGCCACGAGGACUGUGUGAAGGCGAUGGUGUACUUCGACCUGCACUCGUGUCGGCUGAACAUCCAGAACGACAAGGGCGACACCCCGCUGCACAUCGCGGCUCGCUGGGGCUACGAGGGCAUCAUCGGGGUGCUGCUGGAGAACGGAGCCUCCACCGCCAUCCACAACAAGGCCAAGGACACACCCCUGCAGUGCGCCCUCAACUCUAAGAUCCUGUCCCAGCUGGAGCGUAUCCAUAAUGGCAGCCCGAGAAAAGAUGGUAGCACAGAUUCCCCAGGUCGUUCUCCUCCUCCGUCUGAGUGUAGUAGUCGCCGUUCGUCCGUCUCCAGCUCCUCCUCCCUGAAUGCGGAGACCAGAGCGGAUCCUGACAAGCCACGACACCGAGAGGUGGAGAAGCUGCUGAGAGCCAUAGCAGACGGGGACGUGGAGAUGGUGCGCUACCUGCUGGAGUGGGUGGAUGAGGAGCCAGAAGAGGACGUGCCAGCUGUGCCCACGCAGACGGAGCUCUGCCACCCGCUGUGCCAAUGCCCACAGUGCGAACCCACACAGAAGAAGUUGGUGAGCGCGCCCACUAGUGGCGUGGGGGUGAACAGCAGCAGUGCGGACGGCUUCACUCCGCUGCACGUGGCGGCGCUGCACGGUCACCUGACCCUGGUCACCCUGCUCACGCGCCACGGGGCCACCGUCAACGCACGCAACAGCCAGGGGGCCACGCCCCUGCACCUCGCCUGCCAGAACAGCCACCUACAGGUGACCAUGUCUCUGCUGGAGUGUAACGCAAAGGUGAAUAAGAAGGACCAGUAUGGCAACACGCCCCUCAUCACCGCCUGUCUGAAGGGACACCUGGACACCGCUACCGCCCUCCUCAAGAGCUCGGCGUCUGUCAACCUGGCGAAUAACCAUGGCAACACGGCGCUGCACGAGGCGGUGCGGGGGGGCCACGCUGGGCUGGUGGAGCUGCUCAUGGGGGAGGGGGCACUCGUGCACAUGAGGAACAAGCGGCAGAGGACACCCCUCGACUGCGCACAGGAGACCGGCGGAAAGAAUACGGAGAUCGUGAAACUGCUGCAGAGGGCGCCGACCCCCGCCCUUGAGGCCGCCGUAGAGCCAGACAGGCUGCCCAAGGGAACUCUGGCGCAAUCUCUAGUAGAUCGACUGAAGCAGCAGGAGGAUGUCAACAACAAGCGGCAAGACCUUGUCCAGUCAUUCCAGAGGACGCAACAGGCAGUGUUGCAAGACAAGACCAGAUCCACCAUCAACUCACCACUCCUCAAUCAGAUGCCCGAGAGGAAGAAACUGCAGCGGGGUGAGACGGUGGAGACCAGCUCCCCCAAGGACACCGGUGGUGAGCGCGGCCGGUCCCCCGCCGCGCCCAUCAGGAGCACUCUGACCCGCAGCCACACCGUCCACCAGGCGCUCUCCAAGGGCACCCGGCUCCCUCGCAUCAUCCCCAGGAUGCCCCUCUCCAAGGCGGCCCGCUCCCCCAGCCCUGGCGACCCCCUCAGCACUUCUCCCCGCCGCGAACCUCCUCUCCGCACUUCUCCCCGCCGCGAACCUCCUCUCCUCUCCUCUCCCCAGCGCGAGCCUCUGCGCACCUCCUCUCCCCGCCGCGACCCUCUCCGCACCUCCUCUCCCCGCCGAUUCAGCCCAAGCCGUCGCGGCGACAGACAAACGCCCAGCCCCAGUCCCCACGAUCGACAAACGCCCAGUCCCCACGAUCGACAGACGCCCAGCCCCCGCGGCCGACAAACCCCGAGCCCUCGUGCGCUCAGUCCCAGCCCGCGAGCGCUCAGUCCCAGCCCACGCACACUCAGCCCCAGUCCCAGCCCCGGCCCCCUCGACAGAAUCAGCCCCUCUCCACGCGACCGACUGGGCUCUGGCUCCUCCCCCCGCGACCGUCUGAGCUCGAGCCCCCGCGAUCGCCUGGGCUCCUCCUCCUCUCCCAGAGAACGGCUCACCCCUAGCCCCCGCGAUCGACUGGGUUCCAGCCCCCACGAUCGACUCAGCAGCCCGAGCCGCCGCGAUCGACUGGGUUCCAGCCCUCGCAGUCGCCUGAGCUCCAGCCCUCGCGACUCGCGACUCAGUCUCAGCCCCCCUCCCCUCAGCGUCCACUCGGCCCCGGCGCCCGACGCUCUUCAGCCUGCCCAGGUCAACGGGGGCAGAGGCCGGGGCCGGGGCAGGAGCAGGAGCAAGAGCAAGAGUCUGGCUGAUGACGAGGAGGAGGAAGAGGAGCUGAAGCCCAGGACCAAUGGCACGGCGGAAAUGGAGAUGGAGGUGGGGUUCGUGGUCUAAGCGGAGAUGGAGAUGGAGGUGGAGAUGGGGUUCGUGUCCAAGCGGAGAUGGAGGUGGAGGUGGAGGUGGAGGUGGGGUUUGUAGUCUAAAUUCCCCUCAUGUUCUCAAAGUGAGAAGUCCUCACACUUAAAAUCCUUUUGGUUGUCUUUUAAUUAGUCUGAGGGUCUGAUGAAGACUGUUGAAGUCGAAUCGUAAUCCAGCCAUGAAAUAAUACAAGACAACUUUUAAGUGUGCGGACUUCACACUUUGAAAACUAUGGUUGUCCUUCGUCCUGCACCUGUUCCUGGGAUGUGCACAAUCCUCUCCUUCAACUAAUUCCCCUCAUGCCUGACCUUAAGCUUAGGCUUAGACCGGUCUCGGGAUCCCCGCACCUACUGUGUUGGGAGGCCCCCUGUCGGAAAGCGGAAAGGAGAGAGUGGGAGGGCAGGGUGUGUGUGUGUGUGUGUGUGUGUGUGUGUGUGUGUGUGUGUGUGUGUGUGUGUGUGUGUGUGUGUGUGUGUGUGUGUGUGUGUGUGUGUGUGUGUGUGUGUGUGUGUGUGUGUGUGUGUGUGUGUGUGUGUGUGUGUGUGUCACCUGACUUGGUCUGUGAUCGUCGCUAAGAUCUAACACGAGUAAUCGCCUCACAGGAGAACCCGAGCGACUUUCAGCAAUGACUAACUUUAUUAUGGCACAUGAAAUGAAUACUAAGGGGCUGCAUGGUACCGGACAUGAGAGAGAGGAACAGAGAAGGACUCUAUAAAGAACACGUUCAUGCUCUUCUACACCCCCUGCACUUUUAAGUUCCCCCCUCCCUCCCUUCCUUCAGCAUAUCUUUGCAUAACUCUGGGAGAAAAAGGGAAACAUAGUUGGAAGAAACAAUAUUUUUUUUUUGUCCGAUUAUUUUUCAUAAUCGAUUAUUAGAAAAGUAGAAGAUGUCAACUCUAGAGACAGUUUUUGAACUGGCAUACUUGAUUGAAGGUCUUAUGGGCGUGUAUAUUUGCACAUGCUUCUAAUCGAAGUACGUUUCCUCAUGGAGUGGGUUUUAAUUCAAACUGAAAUCCAUAUUUUUCAUGCUAAUGCUUUUGUACUGAAGCAACGUUUGGAGUGCAUGCACAUCCAAUUAAACAAGUGCUGGAUUAAACGUAAUUAUAAAAGGAAAGAAGAUCUGCACACUGUUGCUGCCCCUGUCGUGCCGAAAAGCGAGUCCCUGCCAGAACACGACUGCCCUCAUUGAAACCAAUGGAAACCAAUGACCAAUUUUUCAGAUAUUUUUUACCCAUUUUUGCAGACAAAUCCG